AUGGCGGGCGCCAAGGCCCCCGCUUCUGGCGACGAGGCAGAUGCGCCGGCGGAAGGCCUUGAGGUCAUAGACGGGGACCCCUCUCCAGAUGGACCGGUGGUAGAUCGCUUAGGCUACCAGAUCAAGUCAAUGGAUGGCCGCAGUUUGGGCACAGUGGUGGCUGAUGCCAAGAAGUUCUGGAAGCUCAGUGAUGGCAAAGUCGUACAGAAGGCCGCCGUCGGCAAGAAGUGGGCCUGGUCGGACCAGCCGCCCGUGCAGGUGUCGACGCCAGGUCUUCUGGCCCAUUAA